AUGCCAUCCAUACCCGGAGACUUCCCAUUAUUAAUCCUUGAGACAGCCACUGCAACUUCUUCCAGCUUUGGUGGUUCUGUGAGAGCUGCCUUCACAGGUUGUUCCCUUCUUGAUCUGCUUUGUCGUCCUGAGACCGUCAAUAUUGUGCUCCCAUCAAACACGAACCGUGUCAUCUCCAAGAAAUCUUGCGACGAUAAACCUGAUGACACCCCAAAACCCGGUCCCGGAUCAUUGUAUACCCGGUGGGGCAGAACAACUUGUCCUACUAAUUCAAGCCUUGUAUAUGACGGUGUGGCUGGUGGACAAUGGUUCGACAAGACAGGUGGCGGAAGUAACCUCUUAUGUCUACCUAACGAUCCCAUUUGGGCCAAUUAUACGACAGAAUUUGAAAGAGGUGGUUACAUUUAUGGCAGUGAAUAUGAACUAUAUUUAUACCCAACUAAUAAACUCUUUUCUUUUGCUAACGCUGAAUCAAUUCAGAAUCACAACGUUCCGUGCGCUGUCUGUUUGACACGACAACCUGCUGUUGUUAUGAUGUUACCAGCCAGGACAAAGUGUUACGAAGGUUGGACAGCUGAGUAUUCGGGAUAUUUGAUGACCGAAAUUCAUUAUCAUAAGGGCAGACUUGAAUAUGUGUGUGUGGACUAUGCACCAGAAGCUGAUCCAGCAGGUUACAGAGACGAAAAGGCAGCUAAUUUAUUUUUCGUUCAGGCUGGUUGUGGUUCAUUGCCAUGUCCACC